GAGAAGGAACGGGAGAGGAUGUCGUCCCUACGGGUGGGCGGCAGUGGCGGCCAUAUGGACGCCCUCAACCUCAAUGAUAGCAACAUACCGGUGCACAACACGAUCUCCCUGUCCAACAGUAGCCUACCGGCCAUCGGCUCCCUGUCCGAGCUGAUGGUCACCAAUAACGGGCACUCCCUAUACACUACCGGUGCGAACCACGGCCUCAGCCAUAACAACGGCGGCGACAGUCACGCGAACACAGGCGCCGGUGGGCUGUACGGCGGCGUCGGUAGUCGGCCGACACAGCAGUCGAGUCCGCACUCGAACUUAAAUUUCUUAAACUUAUCGCAAUUCGACGCGCAGUCCAUCGGCGGUAACCACUCGUCCAUCGACGACCUCCUGGGGCUGAGCGGUGGGGGCCGUGGCCUGGGAUCCAUUCCCCCGCUGGUGUCGCCCCUACCGCACCACUCGUCGCUCCUGUCGUCCCAACAGUCGCAGUCUCGCGGCUCGUCCGACGAGUCCUCCGAAGCCAACCAUCUGUUGCUCUCGAAUAUCGCUAAUUACGCGUCGAUGGUGUCGACCUCCGGAGCGCCGACGUCCCUGUCCUCGACGAUGCCGUUCCUGUUGGACACGAUUACGUCGCCUCAGCCCUCGUCCAUCUGUUCGCUUCAGUCGUCAUCCACUUUGAUGUCGCGCUUUGAAUCUCAGAUCCGGACCAUCGCUAACGACAUUCAGACGACAAUCCAAUUGCACUUAAAUGGUCUUCAGAUGAGAAAAGAGCAGUUACUCAAGCAGUUGGAGCACAUCAAACAGACCUACGCCACCGUACUGUCCAUCGCCGCCCAGACCGACGAGUCGCUGGCCGUACCCCUCCCGCAGAUCACGUUCACCCGACCGGACAGCGCGCUCUACAAAGCGGUGACGACUCUCGGCUUUCUCACGACACCCGCGCUGGCAGUCAACUGCAGCGCCACCGGUGAUGGUGUCGAGGCGGCCAUCGAGGGAGAGGCCACUUGUUUCACGAUUACGACGAGGAAUUGCUUUAAUGAAGAACUGCUUAUUGGUGGCGAACACCUGGACAUCGAAGUACUGGUGACGGACCCGAACUCGAUGUCGUCCUCCAUAACGAUACCGCACUCGCUGUUAGACCACAACAACGGCAAGUAUACGGUGACGUAUACUAUCCCCCGGGGGCUCAAGUUGGGUCAGGUGCACGUGUCGGUGUCGGUGAACGGCCUGCCCAUCACCGGCAGUCCCUUUGUGGUGAGCAUAGAGAGCCAACGCGUGCGGAACGCCUGGAAACGGAUCGCCACCUUCGGGACGGAGGGCUCACAGAUCGGACAGUUCUGUAGGCCGUGGGGAGUGGCGAUCGUACGGCUGCCCAAUAAGGAGGUGCACCCGUUCGACCACAUGUCCAACAGUAGGCGCUCGCCGGGCGCCGGUAGGGAGUACUUGAUAGCGGUGGCCGACCGCAGCAAUAACCGCAUACAACUGCUCAAACUGUCGCUGAGUUCGGCGAUGGCGUCGACCUCCCAUUCCUCGUCGCAAAGCAACUCCACGUCCAGUAUUGGCUCCAAUCUAAGCAAUAAUGGGUUCGGCGCUCACGGUAUGGGCAAUGGAGGGGACGACGUGUCGAUGUCGGUGCUCCACGUGUUUGGCUCCGGGCCGGGCACCCGUCCCGGACAGUUCGAUAGGCCGGCCGGUAUCGCCAUUAACGUACAGUUGGGACACAUUAUAGUCGCCGAUAAGGAUAACCAUAGGAUUCAGGUGUUUGACAUCUCGGGCACCUAUUUGUUCAAAUUUGGUGAGAAGGGCUCCCGUCCCGGACAGUUCUGCUACCCGUGGGAUAUCGACUCGUGCGACCAGACCUCGCAGAUCCUGGUGUCCGACACCCGUAACCGUCGGGUGCAGCUGUUCACGCCCUACGGCCAGUACCUGUGGCACUGCGGCCAACCCCUGGACAGCCCCCGCGGCGUGUCAUUCAUAUCGAGCGAUAAGUUCGUGAUCUCGGACUUCAAUAAACACCGACUCCUCGUCAUCGAUAAGACGAACGCGUCGUCCAAAGAGGACGUGACGCCGAAGUACAUCGGCUUCGGUGAGGGCUCGGCGUGGGGUGAGUUCCUGCGCCCCCAGGGAGUGGUGAGUUCCGGUGCGACCGCCAUAUUCUGCGCCGAUUCCCGCAAUAACCGCAUCUCCAUCUGGAACUCCGCGACCCAGAGCUUCGACUACUUGGGCGAAGAGGUCCUGUCGCUGGACAGGCCGUCCGGGUUGGCCGUCACCGACAACCUCCUGGUUGUCGUGGAUUUUGGCAAUAAUCGCAUUCAGAUCUGUCAGCGAUAAAUACGUAAGACAUUGAAAGGGGGAGAGCACCGAAUAGAGCCGAUUCUGUGUUUGUCUGAGAAUCGGGUGAAUCGUGUCGUGUCUCACAAACUGCUGGUGCGCUCCCGAUCUCUCGCAUCACUUCUUCGGGCACUCACAGCACUGGUAGCACAUCGUAGGGCUGUGCACACACAUUUCGAUGGCAAACUCGACGGCACUCCCGACAAUCAUGUCUUACUAGUGUGUGAGGGCACAGACCUAAUGGGGCGGACAUCUGAGGGACAGUCACAUAUAGCACCGGGAGUUUGUGAUGACUGCAUGAGUGCAUACAGUUUUUGUGCUCCGAAAACAAUACGCUUUCUUCCGGACCAUUACGUCGCCAAUCGGACCAAAUGGUUGGCAAUGGAUGCCAGGGAUGGCAUCUAA